AAGAGUGUGCAAAAGGGAGAGAAAUGCUGGUUAUUGGUUAGUCUUAAAAACAAUGACAGCUUUCACGUGACAGCAAAAAAUGAACACUUAAUAAGUUAAGAACACCAAUAGGAUAAAAAGCCAACAAUUCAUCUUCUUUUUAAUGGCAUAGUGUCCUCUUCCAUGUGUGAACAUCAUCUCUGGGCAUGGUGAGCCGGGUAGAUCAGAUUUACCGGAGUAUCCUCCUCACCAAGUUCUUUGUGCGGGGUUGGGGAAAGCCAGAAAACCUUCGAAGGAUAUUUGCUUUUCGUAAAAUCCUUUCCAAUCGAGAGACAUGCCAGCACCUGGUGGACAAGACUCACCCUGUCUCCAUCACCAAGGAGGUGGACAACGGAGACCACACGGUGUUGGAGGCAGAGUUCAUAUCCCCCUUUGUGGAUCAGCUGCCUGGCCUGCUGCCCAAGGAGUCAGAGACAGCCAAGUUCCAGGUAGUGCUGCCCAAGGUGUGGCGCACACCUCACCUCAAGCCUACCUGCCUUCACCUGGCUGGCACUGGGGACCAUGGAUUUUGGCGCCGGAAGAUGUUGAUGGCCAAACCUUUAAUAGAUGAUUAUGGCAUUGCUUCAGUCAUACUAGAAAACCCCUUUUAUGGCUGCAGGAAACCGAAGGACCAAUUGCGGUCCAGCCUCCACAAUGUGUCUGACCUGUUUGUGAUGGGAGGGUGUCUGGUGUUAGAGAGUCUGGUCAUCUUCCACUGGUGUGAGCGGCAAGGCUUGGGUCCACUUGGCAUCACAGGCAUAUCCAUGGGAGGCCAUAUGGCCUCUCUGGCAGCCACCAAUUGGCCCAAACCUCUGCCGCUGGUUCCCUGCUUGUCGUGGACCACAGCAUCAGGAGUGUUCACCCAGGGUGUGCUGAGUGGAGCCAUCAAUUGGGAAAUGUUGAAGAACCAGUACUUCUCCAGUGAGGUGUUCAGAGAGGAGCUGUUCAACAUGAUUCAGUCUCCAGAAGGGCACUUCCCUGUCUACCAUGAGGUUGGACAGCAUUUUGCCCGAGAUUUCCCCAAGAGCCUAUCCCACGUGCAGCAGCUGAUGGAUGACCACAAGGAGAACACUCCCAAGAAGGAGUACCGUCAGCCCCGGGAACAGGAACAGGAGUCUAUGGCACCACAGAGAGUGGCUUCAGGGGGAAUAGGACUGAGUCUGUCCCUUCCCAAGUUUAACAUCUUCAAUGCCUUUGGUCUGUCUGGCUCGAGCCGUCAGCAGCAGAAAGAGAAUGUUCUGGUGGGCUACCGGAAGGCCAAGUCGCAAGUUUUCCGGUCAGACUUCACCCCUGUGGGCAUCAGACCCAAGCAGGCUGUCAACACACCAGAGGUGAAGUUUGAGCCGUACAUGCCGGUGAAGGACGCUCUCACCUGGGAAGCUCUGCAGUUCAUGCGUGGUGUCAUGGACGAGUGUACACACCUGGGUAACUUCAGCAUCCCUGUUGAUCCCACUCUCGUCAUCAUCGUGGCAGCUAAGAAUGAUGGGUACAUGCCCCGCAAUGGCAUCAUUCCCCUGACAGACCUGUGGCCAGGGAGUGAGAUGAGAACCCUGAAGACUGGACAUGUUGCUGCCUACCUCUUCAACCACCAGAUGUUCAGGAAGGCCAUCAAGGACUCAUUUGAUAGAGUUAUAGAUAAAUAUUACACCUGAAGGUACUAACAGGAUUCUCUUCACUGCCAUGCCACCUACUAGAGGUCAGUGCUCAGUGUCUUGUAACCUGAUGACUUUGGUUAAUCUGAGUUUGGUCUGCUGUGAAUUUCAUCUCAUUCGGCAGGAAAGUGUAUUGUUUUAUCUCUGGCUCAUAUAAUAGAAUUUCAUAUUGCUUCCAUGUUGCUGGAACGGAUGCUCAAUGGCACAAAAAACUUAUUUAGAAUUUUGAAAUGUUUCCUUUUUAUAGACAGAACAUUUAGUAGACAUUUAUAUUAUAUUAUCUAUCACAGCUGCUAUAAUUAUCUUAUCUUAGUUAGUCACAUAUCUACAAAAAGUAUAUAUUGUAGACUAUUCCUUUUGUGGACCCAAACUAGUGUUAAUCAUAAAGCUGUUAUACUUUUGCUACUUUUAUAAUGAACUAGUCAUUGACCAGGUGGGAGUUUGUGAGUGAGGAUGUUGAUGAUGCUUUACCAGUGAACAAUUAGUUUUAGAUGGAGUCAAGGAGCAUCACAGCUGUGUGUGAGUCAACAUUUCAACCAACUGUAGGCUUCUUGUUUUUGAAGUGUUAGUGUUUGUAGGAAAAUCUCACUAGUAAGGGGACUGGGAAUCUUUAUGUUCAUGUGUUUUAAUGCUUUUCUGACAUGUGGUAUAUGAAUAUGAUAUUCAUCAAUUCAUCCUUCAUUCAAAACAGUGUUACUUAAUUUGAGAAAAUUUUGUGGCAGUAACCACAUUGUCACUGUUACAUUAACAGAUAUAUUUGGAUCAGGAAUGACCAACAGGGAUUUAAAGGUGAGAAGUCUGAAUCAAGACAUGUCUCCUUUGGAACCUCCAGUAGCAUCCAGGCUCCUAAAAUGGACAGGGUGUGGAUGCAUGGGUGACAUUAAUGUUGCCUUCCCACCCACCAGAGAUUCAAGAGAUGAUUACUGAUAAAAAAAAAAACUUUCCAUCACAGUCCUUAUCAACUGACAAGCCACACUGGGAAGAGGGUUCACAUGAUGGACACUCCACUGGUCAACACAGUUUGGUUGUUGGUUGUUUUGCCAUUACUUAGGUUUCCAGUACAUUACUUAGAGCAGGAAGCUGUACAUCUGUAUGCUGCUUUAUUUUAGAAGCAGUUUCCUGUGUGUGUUCAGGAUAAUUUUGUUACAAACUUGUGAUUCACAUAGCUAAGGUUGCCUACUAGUAGGCAAGAUAUUAAAAAAUACGGUUACCUUUUGACUUGUUUGUUUUCUUGGAUUGAAUUUGCAGUUCAAGGUUGUUAUUUUACUCAUAGAAUAUUUCAGUGGGGCUGUGCUUAUCACCUUAACUAACAUUUAAGGGUGGCCACGCCUAGCCACAUUGUGGUGGCCGCGUAUAAUUUCCUACCACGCAAGAGCAGCUACAUACCUCUUCACCUCACUCCUUACAGCUGCAGCCUCAAGUGGAAGAUUCUCUGUAUGUACAAAUCUAUGCUGUGCUGUGGACAAAGAAGAGAAGGUGUCUUGCUGCCGAGCUUGUUGCCUGGUGCCGUAGUGUUAGGGGUUUGUGGUAAAGCUGAUUUAGUCUUGAGUGUUUGAGUGUUUGUUUUGAAGUGAUGGUAAGAUAAAUGUACCAGUGGACCCUGAUGAGGCAGGGGAGGUUCAUGAUGUCAGGUGUUGCACUGCCAUCCAAAGUACCUGCUCAUGAGUAUCUGAAUGUUGAUAGACAUACUGCUGCUGCACUUUGUAAUACCAAGACUAGACAAAGGGCAAUCUUAUGCAUUGGUCAUCCAUCUUUGGUUUUCACUUUGAAAUAGUUGGCUAAGGAAAAAUGAGUGCAAAUAUUAUUUAAAUGUACAACUGCAAACACAUCCUGGGAAUCAAUGCCUUCCCAUUUAGUGGGCAGGAAAUGGGAGGACAGAGGUCAGAAACAGAAGAGUGUAUUAAUUCUUCUGUUUCAAUAUGUGUAAAGAAAAGCUGAGAGAUUGAGGACCUCUGUAAGUUUGUACGUGUGGUGUGCUGCCUGUGGGCACAAGUGUUCAUGUGGAGGAGUAUUUGUAAUGCACAAAACUACUACUGCAUUUCCAGCUUUAUAAAUGCUGACCAGCAUUUCAAAAUAAAUAUGGGAUUGA